UGUUUCAUAUUGGGCUAAAAGGGAGAUUCUGGAAAUCAGAAAAGAUAUCAAUGUCAUAUUAAAAUUCAUGAAUGAAAGGAAAAGCAUUAAGACUCCGUGAAGGACAUCAUUCAGUGACUUGAUUCUUCGGAGGCCCGAUGUUUGUGGUCUAAAACGCCUUUUGCCGCAACGUACCGUAGAAAAGUGUGUCAAUCUUUUGGGUACCUCCGUCGGCCUCCUCCCGCUACACGCCGCGGCUAAAUCCCAAAAGGAAUGGGAUUGGAUAUCAUGUUCACUUGAACGGCUGGAGAUGUCUCUGUGUAAUAGCGUUAGUAGUGCACGUGUGUAGGGAGCACCGCGCGGAUUGGGAUGCGGCUCGUCAGUGGGCAGAACGCAACCGUGCCGGAAACGCUAGCUAACUGUUCAGUUACACGAACAGGAUUUUUUUUUUGUAAGAUAUCGUUAGAGCAAUUUGAAGACCCUCAUAGGCGAUUUUUUAGGUUUAGAAUAAACCCGGUUUUCCCGGUUGGAUAGACAAAACGAUUAAGAGAAAUCAUUACAGUUGACGGCUAGUCGCUGGAGCUUGCUAGACACCCAGUUAGUUUUUCAACGCUUUUUUUUUCGGGUUAGCUACAGGCUAAUAGGUUCGUUACCUCAGUCUCGAUAAGAGUUGCACCACUUUUAUAGCUUAACACCGUUAAAAAACGAGGACCGCUCGUUUUUGCAUUGAAGAACUGGCGUUGGUUUUAUUCGUCACUGUGCUGAGGCGUGAAUUUGACAUGGACGAUUGGUUGCUAGCCAGGCAGCUAGCUUAAACUGUCUUGCUAGUGACUAGUUACUAGUACUGGAGCACGCUUAUUGGAAGUCCAGGAUUUGCCAUAAAAAGGGAAAUAUUGUCUUUUUUUUUUUUUUUAAUCGAUGCAUGAGCGUCUGUGCAGCUUGCGUUUGGGUGUGAAGAGCUGAGAUUAUCCGAGCUGGGUUUGGACAGCUAUGCCAAGUGCCAAUUAACUGAGAGACAGUUAGUAAACUCUGAGGCGUUGGUGACAGAAGAAGAAGAAGAAGGAAAAGGACUGGGUGUGAGACUUCACAUUUCUUGCUGCGGAAAGUGAAAUGGCCACGGCCAGUAGCAUGGCUGCAUCGCUGGCGAGCAAAACGAAAACGAAGAAAAAACACUUCGUGGCGCAGAAAGUGAAGCUGUUCCGAGCCAGCGAUCCUCUGCUCAGUGUGCUCAUGUGGGGAGUCAACCACUCGAUAAAUGAGUUGAGUCAUGUUCAGAUCCCCAUCAUGCUGAUGCCUGAUGACUUCAAGGCCUAUUCAAAGAUAAAGGUGGACAACCACCUGUUUAACAAGGAGAAUAUGCCAAGUCACUUUAAAUUCAAGGAAUAUUGCCCUCUUGUUUUCCGUAAUUUAAGAGAAAGGUUUAGCAUUGACGACCAGGACUUCCAGAACUCUCUGACUCGCAGUGCACCUCUUGUAAGUGAGGCUCAGGGUCGUAGCGGUGCCCGUUUUCACACGUCCUAUGACAAGAGAUACGUCAUUAAGACCAUCAGCAGUGAGGAUGUAGCAGAGAUGCACAACAUCCUUAAAAAAUAUCACCAGUUUAUUGUGGAAUGUCAUGGUACCACACUGCUGCCUCAGUUUUUGGGCAUGUAUCGCAUCACCGUAGACGGAGAUGAAACCUACAUGAUCGUCACACGCAAUGUCUUCAGUCACCGCCUGUCUGUCUAUAAGAAAUAUGACUUGAAGGGAUCUACUGUCGCUAGGGAGGCCAGUGACAAGGAGAAGGCCAAGGAGCUGCCUACAUACAAGGACAACGACUUCAUCAACGAUGGACAGAAAAUAUACAUUAAUGAGGAAAAUAAAAAGAUAUUUCUUGAGAAACUCAGGAAGGAUGUGGAGUUCCUGGCUCAGCUGAAGCUGAUGGACUACAGUCUGUUGGUGGGGAUCCAUGAUGUGGAGCGAGCAGAGCAGGAGGAUGUGGAAAGUGAGGAUAAUGAAGGAGAUGAUGAAGGAGAGAGUGAUGGAGGGAUUGUUGGAACACCUCCAGACAGCCCCAGCAACACUCUGGACAGCACUAAACCCCUUUCACCGGGAGACUUUGACCCCACUAUCGAUGUCUACGCAAUUAAAAGUCACGAAAACUCUCCUCGGAAAGAAGUCUACUUUAUGGCAGUGAUUGACAUUCUGCAACAUUACGAUGCCAAGAAGAAAGCAGCUCAUGCAGCCAAAACAGUCAAGCAUGGAGCUGGAGCAGAGAUCUCUACCGUGAACCCAGAACAGUACUCUAAGAGAUUCUACGAUUUCAUUACCACCAUUCUACCCUAAACUGGAGCAAAACCCACACAGGGUCAAAGAGGGAUGCUGAUAGAGGGGUGCCUAAAUGCACUCACCCACCCUUACAGCAGCUACAACCACCAUUCGUUUACAUUUUCUUUUCUUUUUCUUUUUUAUUUGUUCUUUGCUGUUUUGUGGGACCAUAAGUGUGAUGAAACAGUAACAAGUACAAAUCUUUGUGGGAGCUAUGGAUUUUUUUGUUUUGGGUUUUCAAUGCAUGCCCCUCAUGCCUUUUUUUUUUUUUUUUUGUUUGUUUGUUUUUUUUUUUUUUAUAAAUACAUGUUAUUUUGCCUUCCUUCUAAGUGAAAGGGAGAGAGCGAGCAAAAGAGCAAGCGAGAAAAAGAGAGCGAGAGCAAGAGAGUGCAAAAUGCGAUGGUGUACGCGACUCAGUGAAUGGACAUGUACAUGAAGAAGGAAGUCACUCAGACGGGAGACUGAGAAGGAAAGGAGCCUUCAACUGCUGUAGAAUUCCUGACUUUCGACAAAAAUGAAAUGUAAAGCUAUUCCGUGCAAAAUCAGUCACCUGACCCAAAUUCAUGAAACAUGGCUCUUGCUUUUCUUUCCCCAAAUUUUGCCAUUUCAUAAGGCUGCCAUUACUCAUCUUCCCCAGUUAAACUUAAACCUGCCCCCUAAUGUAAAUCUACCCCUUUUCCGUCCAUGCUUCAUUUUAGUCAUAUACUUUGUUUAACCCAAUCUAACCCUGUACUUGACUUUUAUUUGUGUUACUAGUUCAAAGCUGCAGCACUUGUAAAUGAACAUACUUUCAUUAUGUUCGUUAAUGCAAUGUCUCUUCACAUGAAUUCUCCAAAACCAUGGCUCUCCUUCUCUGAAAAGACUGACUGCAAAAGAAAACGCUCCUGAGCUCCAUUCACGUUCAUGAAGGAAUGCACCUUCUGACUCUUGCAUGUUCCUACAGUGUUUCACCCAAGUUUGUGUGGUGGUGUUUUUUUUGUUGUUUUUCCUUUUAAAUUUUUUACAUUG